AUGGAGUUGGAGAUAGAGGAGCUCGAAAAUCUUUUUUCUGAGCAUUUUGGCAGAACACCAUUAUGUACGCCUGCACAUUCUCAAGAACUGUCAUCCGAUGACGACAAUGACCAGGUAGACGGUGAAUGGAGCGCUGUCAUGGAAAACGGCAUUGGGUCCUUCGUUUCUUGGCAGCCUGCGGAAACAAGCAGUGACUCCACUGACGAUGAUGGAAGUGAUGACGGUGAUGCGUUUUCACAGGAUGAUAGCAUUCGACGUUUCCACGAAUCUGGCUGUGGGUGUGCUAAGAAAUGCCACGAGAAAUUUGAUGCCUCCCAAAUCAGAACGCACAUCCUUGAUACGCGGGAAAUGACGAGGGAAGAAAAGGAAAUGUAUAUUAAAGGCUGUUUGUCCGAAGGUCCCACAAAUGACUCUACAAGCGUGGAUAAAAGAGAAUGCGAAUUCGUGGCAAAAACCCAUUCCGCGGUCAGGAAAUAUGUGCAUACACGUUCAGAUUGUUAUUUGACAUAAGACGCUGUGCAUUAAAAUCAAUAAGGCAGUCAUUGAACAAGACCGGUCCGGCCCCACGCCGGCAUGGAAAUACAGGAAGGAAACCAAAACAUGCUCUGGUCUU